CUAAAGUGGAAUUUUACUACCCCACGGGAUGAAUACAUUGAACAACUGAAGACUCAAAUGUCUAGCUGUGUGGCUAAAUGGUUACAAGAUGAGAUGUUUCACUCAGAUUUUCAGCAUCACAAUAAAGCUCUGGCUGUCAUGGUUGAUCACUUGGAGAGUGAAAAAGAAGGUGUCAUUGGUUGCUUGGAUCUUAUCUUAAAGUGGCUUACCCUACGGUUCUUUGACACAAAUACAAGUGUCCUAAUGAAAGCACUGGAAUAUUUAAAAUUGCUCUUUACUCUGCUAAGUGAAGAGGAAUAUCAUCUUACUGAAAAUGAAGCAUCUUCCUUCAUCCCCUAUCUCAUCCUCAAGGUUGGAGAACCAAAGGAUGUCAUUCGUAAAGAUGUUCGUGCCAUCCUGAACCGGAUGUGCCUUGUCUACCCGGCUAGCAAGAUGUUCCCUUUCAUCAUGGAAGGAACCAAAUCCAAAAAUUCUAAGCAGAGAGCAGAGUGCCUGGAAGAACUGGGGUGUCUGGUUGAAUCCUAUGGCAUGAAUGUUUGCCAACCAACCCCAGGAAAAGCCUUAAAGGAGAUAGCUAUUCACAUAGGAGACCGGGACAAUGCUGUACGCAACGCUGCCCUCAACACCAUUGUAACAGUGUACAAUGUACAUGGAGAUCAGGUGUUCAAAUUGAUUGGAAAUCUUUCUGAAAAGGAUAUGAGCAUGCUUGAGGAGAGGAUUAAGCGGUCAGCAAAGAGGCCCUCUGUUGCACCAGUGAAACAGGUGGAAGAGAAACCUCAGCGCACACAGGGCAUAAACUCCAAUGCCAACAUGCUACGCAAGGGACCAGCUGAGGACAUGUCCUCCAAACUCAACCAAGCCCGAAGCAUGAGUGGACAUCCUGAGACAGCCCAGAUGGUUCGUCGAGAAUUCCAGCUGGAUCUAGAUGAGAUUGAGAAUGACAAUGGUACAGUCCGAUGUGAAAUGCCAGAACUUGUCCAGCACAAACUGGAUGACAUUUUUGAACCAGUCCUUAUUCCUGAACCCAAGAUCCGGGCAGUUUCUCCACACUUCGAUGAUAUGCACAGUAAUACAGCAUCCACAAUCAAUUUCAUUAUCUCCCAAGUAGCCAGUGGUGACAUCAACACAAGUAUUCAAGCUCUGACUCAGGUAAUGGAAGUGCUUCCCAUGGUAGUAAUACCAAUGAUGGAUAAAGAGGCUGUAAGAAUAAUGGAUUUCACACUGGUGGAGUCACAGUAUUAAGGGAUGCAAACAACCUUCAAUAGUGC